UAUAAUAAUGCUGGCAAUUAAUAAACGGGUGUGUGAUGUUUAUAAUGCACGGAAUGAAUGAAGACUUACUGCUUAAUCAAUAGAGAAUAUCGAGGGUGCAGUGCAUGAUUGAUCAUGUCCGGAUCGCUGCUGUGGGCAGUGGAUGUGUACGGGCGGGUGUUCAGUGUGUCGGCCGCUAGAGGCCGCUGGAAGCGCACUGCAGAUGUUCUGCUGGAGUUGAAGCGUGUGACGGGCUCUCAGCAGUGCUGUUGGGGCAUCGGGUUCGACCAUCAGGUGUACCUCAGUGUGGAUCCCAGUGAUGUGCCUAUCCACCACCAGGAAGAGACCUAUGAAAACCAGAGGUGGAACCCAGUAGAUGGAUACACUGACACACUCCUACCAACAGACUGCUGGCAGUGGACAGACGAGUCUGGCUUGAACAAUCAGCCUCUUCAAAGCUUUGUGUUGCCCUCUACUAACUGGGAAUGGGAUGGGGACUGGUAUGUGGAUGAUGAGAGCUGUGGGAGAGAAUCCUCAGAGACAGGGGGUUGGGAGUAUUCUGUGGACUUCCCUGCCACCUUCACCAAAGAGAAGAAGUGGAACUCGUGCGUCCAGCACAGGCGAUGGCUUUGCUACAGAAGCUAUAAAGCCCUGGGAUCAUGGACCAAGGUGCCUGUGGACAGAGGGAGACCUCCUCCAGAGCCCUUCAUUGACAUCAGCUGUGGAGGCUGGGACUUGAGUGACAGUCCUCAAAAACACAUUUACCUGUGGUCCGUGUCCCAACAAGGAAAGGUGUGGUUUCGCAAUGAUAUUCAACACCAGAACCCAGAGGGGACUUGCUGGGAGCCCGUCCAGGUGCACAGAGAGGUGGCUCAGGUUGGCGCAGGGCCAAAAGACCUGCUUUGGGUUGUUUUGUGGGAUGGACAGUUGUUGGUCAGAACAGGCAUCAGUAAAGACUGCCCUAAAGGUUCAUCGUGGGAGCUGGUGGCAUCUCCAAAUCAGAAAGGAGCUGUUCAUGUUGCAGUAGGGAUAAAUGUAGUCUGGGCUGUUACUAAGGACAAGAAAGUUUGGUUCAGGAGGGGGGUCAAUUCUCACAAUCCCACUGGAUCAGGCUGGAUCAAUAUUGGUGGAGAGAUGAUGAUGCUCAGUGUGGGACCCAAUGACCAGGUAUGGUGGAUUGGCAGUGAUGACCGGAUCAUGUAUUUCCGUCAAGGUGUGACAGCCACAGAGGUCACUGGCGGGUCAUGGGUCGCUGUGUCUGCGCAGCUUGAUGGCAGUGUAUUCACAAGCCAUUCCAGAUUUGGGGAGCUCACCGCUGCAUCCCAGGGAUCCGUUCUGAGCAGUGACGACAUGGACAUUCCCGAGCCACAUGUUCUGAAGAUCACGAGUGACAGCCUUAUCUCUGCACUGGUGUCUGAUCGCUCAGCCCUAAUAAAGGACUCUGCAGUACACCCUACUGUACCUGAAGGGGACCAGGUGUCGAGCCAAGAGUCGACCCCUACACUCCAAUCAGACAGUGGCAAUACACCAUGGAGCAUUGUUGACCUGGAAGAGCUGAAGGGCUCUGUUCUCAGCACUGGCCUCAGCUCUGUGGCCACCUACCCAUUUGAGCUGGAGCAGAACGUGGUUGAGCAGGAGAAAAUUCCACCCUGGGCCUGGGUCUCUGGUGGAGGAUGUGACAUAGAUUCAAGCUCAGACGUCAGCUGGCUGCACAUCUCGGACACAGGGCCACUCUCUCCAUCCAUAGCACCUGCUGUCAGUGCUGCAAACACAAAGAGAACGCAACUAGAGCAAGAGCGCAUUGUGUGUGUAUGUCAGUCUGUGCGUGUGAAGAGAGGUCGUAUGUGUUGGUGGAGGGACUGGCUGCCCCAUCAGUGGGAGGAUGUUUGUGUGACACUGGAGCAGGUCAGCAGUGCUGGACCAAUUAAAGAUAACAUCCUGUACCUCUACUACACUCACAACCAUAAGAAGAAGUAUGUGCAUGCUAUGAUAAAGGAGUUGACCGCUCUGGUACCUGUAUUCAGGGAUGCUCUUUACACUAUGGCUUUGUACACACCAGAGAAGACCAGACAGAGACAUCCCAUAUUACUGGCAACUCACUCUCAGCAAGACUUCAAUACUUGGUUGUCUUUAUUGAAUGAGUCAUGCUGUGAAUCCAGGGGUGUUGGAGACCAUCUAUCCAAACAGGCACUGUGGGCUGUGACGUCUAAAGGUGAUAUCAUGGUCCAUGAACCAUUACACAGCCUGGAGACUCCAGCACAAUAUUUACCUUCUGAUCAGAUGUUUUGGCGUCAGGUUCCGGGUCACCUGCUCUGUGUGGAGUCUAACAGUCUGGGUGUGGUGUGGGGCAUCGGUCACGAUCACACUGCCUGGGUCUACACAGGGGGGCUGCAGAGAAGACUCCGCUCAGGUUCUCUAAUUUCAGGAAAUGAAAAUGUUAACCAGGCAAUAAGUGACAUCAGGAAUGUCUACAUCUUUGAGAACCAGCGGUGGAACCCGAUGGCAGGAUACACUGAUAAGGGCCUUCCAACAGAUCGCUACAUCUGGAGUGAUUCUUCUGGUCUCAAAGAGUGCACCAAAGAGAGCACCAUCCCUCCCUCACCACAAUGGACAUGGGUAUCUGAUUGGGCCGUAGACUACAGUGUCCAUGGAGGGACAGAUAAAGAGGGCUGGCAGUAUGCUGCAGAUUUCUCUGUGACUUUUCACGGUUAUAAGACAUUGAAGGACUUUGUGCGGUGCAGACGAUGGGCUAGAAAGUGUAAGAUCAACCUCACUGGACCUUGGCAGAAGGUCCCACCAAUCCCUCUGAAUGACAUCACCAUUCUUCCAUGUCUGGCUCAGUGCAGUCUGGAGCAGGUGCCUCUGUGGGCCAUCAGUGACACCUGCUGGUGUGCAGGAAGGUUCUCUAACCAGAGCUUGAAACCACAGGGCAACUCCUGGCUCCAUGUGGGGACAGACCAGCCCUUCAAGUCCAUUUGCAUAGGAGGAGGCCACCAGGUGUGGGCCAUCGGCAGAGACGGCGCUGUCUUCUACCGGGGCUCUGUGUCUGCCCACAACCCAGCCGGGGAGUGCUGGUACCACAUCCCCUCUCCGCCGAGGCAGUCCCUGAAACGGGUGUCUGUGGGCAGGACCUCAGUUUAUGCCGUGGAUGAAAACAGUAAUCUGUGGCACAGACAGGGUUUGACACCCAGUUAUCCUCAGGGUUCUGCAUGGGAGCUCAUCUCCAGUAAUGUGUGUAAGGUGUCUGUUGGACCGCUGGACCAGGUUUGGAUAAUCGCUGAUAAAGUUCCAGGUUAUCCAACAGAGAGUUCAGGAACUGUGUGCCACAGGUUGGAAGUGAAGCCCAUGCAGCCGAAAGGCCUGAGCUGGGACUUUGGCAUCGGGGGUGGAUGGGACUACCUGUCUGUGAGAGGAAACUCCAUAGAUGCCCAACGUGUGGCUCCUCGUAGUCCACUGCCCAACCUGACCCAGCGUCAGGUGAACGGGAAAGCUUUGGGCUGUUAGUG